AUGGCGGCUAUGGAAGACCCGUUUGAUCAGGUCUUGACGGACACUCGUGAACAGGCAAACAGAUUAAUUCAGUACCUUGAUGCUGGUCAUGAUGUCGACGAAGAAAUAAGAGACAUUAUGGCAGAUUUGGAGGAAACGGUUCGAGAACUGGAUUCUAGUAUCACCGUCAUGAAAAGAGACGGGUACGUAGAAGAUGGACUAGUUAUGGAGCGUGAGACACGGAUGCAAGAUUUGAAGAGAGACGUGGCCAGGCUGAAGGCCCAGACCCCACACACGCCAGCGUCAAAUCAAGCAGAUGAUUCCGACUUUGAGGUGUCCUCCACGACCAGUAAUUCGCAGAAUAACAACCCCAUGCAGCAGCAGAUGCUACAGGAACAAGACCAGCAUUUGGACACUAUUCAGCAGAGCAUGCAAAACCUACAUCUACAGGCCUCUACCAUGGGGCAGGAACUUGAGGAUCAGGGCGCGAUGCUUGGCGAAAUGGACGGCGGAAUCGAUAACGUUAUGGGAAAGCUGUCGCGUGGAAGGCGGCAGUUGGAAUGGGUGUACGAAAAGAAUAAAGAGAAAUAUAACGAUUGCUGCAUAGGGCUUUUGAUUGCUGCGCUGAUAGUGCUGUUAGUGCUUGCGUUUGUGCUGUGA